UCUGCCCUGCUUGCAACCUGCACUGUGUUUUUGUUUGUCUGUCUGCACACCAGUGAGGAAAUCACAGCCUCUGCUGGCGCGGAACAAAACGGAGGAACUCUCUCCUCUCACUUUCCGCCGAUGAGGACCCCGGUAACCGCAGAGGACUCACGGAGCAGGACCGAAAGGGAGCACCGGCGGGGCUGUGGAGUCAGGUGCUGCUGCUGCUGCUGCUGGAUGAGAGUCUGACUAGGCAUUUUCUCCCCGGUGACAGUGACAAUCUCGGCGGCGCAUCUUCCCAUCCUCCUCCUCUCCUCUCCUCCCCUCCCUUCUCCUGUCCUCCUGCGCUGCCCUCCACGGCUGCAGCUCCUUGACCAUGGCUCUGGUGACACUGCAGCGCUCUCCCACCCCCAGUGCAGCAUCCUCGGCUAGCACGACCAACAGUAGUGCGGGGGAGGAUUUCGGAAGUGACGAUGAGAGGAAAAAUAAUCAGAGCCUCAGCGAGAGCUUCUUCAUGGUCAAAGGAGCCGCCCUCUUCCUCCAGCAGGGUGGCAGCACGCAAGGACCAAAGACCCCGACCCACCACAAACAUGCAGGUGAUUUACCUCAACAUCUGCAGGUCAUGUUUAAGAUCCUCCGGUCUGAAGAUCGCAUCAAGCUGGCUGUGCGGUUAGAAAGCAGCUGGUCAGAUCGAGUGCGCUAUAUGGUGGUUAUCUACACCACUGGCCAUCAAGAUACUGAGGAAAACAUUGUCCUGGGAAUGGACUUUACAGAUAAGGACAGUAAGAACUGCUCUAUUGGGAUGGUGCUGCCACUAUGGAGUGAUAGCAACAUACAUUUAGAUGGAGAUGGAGGCUUCAGUGUGAGCACGGCAGGGCGGUCACAUGUCUUCAAGCCUGUAUCUGUGCAGGCCAUGUGGUCUGCUCUGCAGGUCCUCCAUAAGGCAUGCGAGGUGUCCCGCCGGUUCAACUACUUCCCAGGGGGCAUUGCUCUCACAUGGAUGGCCUUCUAUGAGAGCUGCAUCACCUCCGAGCAAAGCUGCAUCAAUGAGUGGAAUGCUAUGACUGACCUGGAGAGCACCCGGUCUGAUUCUCCCACCAUGUUUGUCGACCAGCCAACUGAGCGAGAGAGAACUGAAUGUGUCAUUAAAGCCAAACUACGCAACAUCAUGAUGUUUCAAGACCUGGAGAACAUCACCUCAAAGGAGAUCCGUAACGACCUGGAACAGCAUAUGAACUGUAACCUCAAAGAAUACAAGGAGUUUAUAGACAACGAGAUGCUUUUGAUCCUGGGGCAGAUGGACAAGGCCACACUUAUCUUUGACCAUGUUUAUUUGGGCUCUGAGUGGAAUGCUUCCAACCUGGAAGAGCUACGUGAGUGUGGAGUGGGUUUCAUUCUGAACGUUACCAGAGAGAUCGACAACUUCUUCCCAGGGUUGUUUUCUUACCACAAUGUCCGAGUGUACGACGAGGAGGCCACUGAUCUGCUGGCCCACUGGAAUGACACCUACAACUUUAUUGUCAAAGCCAAGAAGAAUAAUUCCAAGUGCCUGGUGCACUGUAAGAUGGGGGUGAGCCGGUCUGCCUCUACAGUUAUUGCCUAUGCAAUGAAGGAAUAUGGUUGGUCUCUGGAGAAAGCCUACAACUUUGUCAAGCAGAAACGGAGUAUAGCGCAGCCAAACGCCGGCUUCAUGAGACAGUUGGCAGAGUAUGAGGGAAUUCUAGAUGCCAGUAAACAGCGUCACAACAAGCUAUGGAGGCCUGGAGCAGAUGAGGAAGGAUCAGAUGAUUUGCAAGCCUCGGGUCAUUGUGCUGGUGGAGAGGAAACACCGGUGCUGAGAGAAGAGGAAGCCUGGGGAGGCUGUGGGGCGUCUCCCUGUAGGGGUAUGGGUUUGGAGAUGGAACCUCUAGACUCGCUUAACUAUAAUUAUUACUUCAGACGUUUAUCAGACUCCGCACUUGACAGCGAGCCCUCGACCCCAGUGCGGGGACCCCCUCUGCUCGGUAUGGAAAGAGUUUUUAUUGAGAUUGAAGAUGUAGAGAGAGAUGCCCUACUGGAGGAUGAGGCUUUCCCCAUGGCCCACUUAGCCCUGCCCGGUGAGGGCACAGCUGCUCAGACUUGUGGGCGCCUUGAUCCCCUAGAGGACAUGAGACUGAGGCUCGAGUUCAGUACUUUGGAGGAAGAAGAUGAGGAAGAAGCCAAGAAAGAGGAAGCUGAAAUGGCAGCUUUGGCUCAAACACCUGGAAAUACAGAGGGGAAGAAAAUGGAAGAGGAGGCCGAGAGGAGCGAGGAAAGCCGGUUAGGCUUAGCCAACCUGAACACCAACAACAGUAACCGCCUAGCAGCCAAGCGCAGCUGUCCUGCAGCUUUUGAUGACAGUGCUAGCACAGGAAACCCUUUAAAAGUGAAGCCCUCCUAUCAGUCCUGUAAAGACUGCAUGCGUCUACCACAAGGGCGGCGCUGUGACCGUCCAACGGGGGGCCGUUCCCACCGCUUUAACCCCUCCCGCCACUGCACUGUCCCUUCCAUAUGCAUAGAUCCACCUGGGACAAAUUUUGCUUCCACACCAACUCUGCAGUCUCUUUCCAACCCUGCAGUUGUACCACCUAACUUGGUCCAGCCUUGUACUCAACUCUACCGCUGUUCCACCUGUACCCCUGGUGUCACAUCUAACCCUCUAAGCAACCACCAGAAACUGGCCUCACCCAUGAACUGUGAGGAGGCGGCUCCUGACUGCAGCUCGGUGGAGACGGAGGACAUGGAUGAACCGCAGGGCGGGCAAGUGUUAAGGGGGUGUACUGAGGCUGUCAAUGAUGCUGAAGAUUUAAAAUUACAACCUGGUGGCGCAGCAGAACUCCCGCAGCAGGAUCUGUCGCAGCUGCAAAUGCCAGGACUGGGGAUGGGAUUUGGUCUGGAACUGAUACGACAGAGGGCAGAGCAGCUUGAGAAGCUUCCAAGCAUGGCCAUGGAGGCCAGCUCUCAGUAGGACCCCUGCCUUAUUACGGUGGCUCAAGCAUAGAUGAGGUGGAGGAAGUGGUUUGCCACUGUCUCAGUCUCUUUGAUGGCUUUGAGAUGUUAAAUAACUGCUGCUGUGGUACCAGAAACAAUGCUCUGCACUGACCUCUACUGUAAUGUCUUGUCUCCAUUAAAACAAGCUGCAGAAGCUCUCUGCAUCUACAGAGACUGCUCCGUGAUAGACGCCUGGCAUUAAGGUCCAGAUGAGGCUUAUUGCUUCCACAAUGUGCAUAAGGCCCGGAUGCUUCUGAUCAAGCUGGGAUGGAAGACUUUCACAUGUGACAGAGGCUAGCGUGGGUUGUUUGAACCACCUUUCUCACCACAUAUGCAGGAUCAUCACACUUCCACAUUUUCCCAGUGGAGACGAGCAUUAUGCUGCCGUUUUGCCAUCAGCAGCAGUGGUGGUUUCUAAGAGCUAGUUGUUGUUCCUCCAUGAUUCCUCAGAGUGCUUUACUUUAAUGUUGUUGAAAAGAAAAAUAGCUGAAGUAACACACUUCUGUCACGGUACUCAGUCCAGCUCAUCAACAGUAUUCAUAAAAGAGAUCAAUAAGUAUUUAUAGUUGAGCCUCUUCGACUGCAGUCACGAUUUCCUCAUAUUACUGAACCAUAGACAACUGAACCAUCGCCGAGCUUAACUUAUAUUUUACCUGCUGCAGCUGCUUUUGCAUCAUGAUAAAGCAUUUCAUGUGAAAGCAUACUAAUUUAUAAAAAUGGAUGUGACCAUACGUGAGCCUUUUUAAUGCCUCUUCGGGAAGCGUCGUACCUCGGGCCACGAGCGUCUCAGACUGUUUUGAUCAAAGACUGUUUUGUUCUUUCUGCUCAGUGGCUAGUUCACCCUGACCUUCUCCAAUAAAGUUAAUGUAAUCAUGUACUGAAGGCUCUUAGUUUAGCCCACGCAUGAUUUUGCAGUAUUACGUAACAUAUCUUCGACACAUUUAGACAGAAAUGUAUGAAAUAACAAACCUAUAUUUGAGUUGGGUUUUUGUUUUGUUUUUGAAAUCCUAAAAAAAAAGAAAGUUUAGCUUUUCAUUUUAUAAUAAUUGGUUACAUUGUAAGUAACAACAUAAGGUGCAUUCAUUCAUCGAGUGGUUGUCAAAUGAAUUCAGCUGAACCUGGCCACUCAUCUUAUGUAUAAGAAAAUGAUGGAAGACAAGCAGAUUGAGAGGCAUUGCAGCGUUUAGACACUGAGAAACAUUCAGAUCAUUUCUAACCAAAGCCAUAUCAUGCAUGGGCAUUUGGAUUGCAUCUACAAAUAUUUGCAAAUGCACACAAAUCACAUAUACAGUAGAUUAUGCACUUGAGCACAACUCUAGUAUCCAUUCACACCAUGCACAGGCACAUUUCAGCUCUAUUUCAGUAACCCUAAAUAAUUAGAGAAAACUAAAGCAGACCUGGAGACAUCAAAGAUAAAAUUUUUUAAAAAUCUAUUAUAUGUUUCAAGGAAGUAGUUGCAUUUGCUUGCAGCAUCCAGUGGAUUCCAUCCCUGUGUAAUGUAUAGCUUAUUUGCUCUAAUAAUAAUGUCAGAUCCAAGUAUCAACUGGUCAUGCUGUAAAAUUUGUUUGUUCAUAAUAUACUGUGAAAUGGAGAAAAAAAAAACUCCAGUCACUGUUAUAUGAAAAUUGGACAAUAUUUAUAAUUUAUUGUACUGGAUUUCCUUUAUUUUAAAUGCAGAAGACAUCAUCUAUGAUAUCAGCAUGCACAGGUUUUCACAUAUGUGCCCCUACAGGCAAUUAUUUCAAAUCUUUUCCUCAUUUCUUAUUUAUACCCCCCCCCCCCCCCCCCCCUUGUCUCAUUGCCUAAGGCUUUUUGUUUGUGUUUUUUAAAGCUGUUUCCUAAAUGUUGUGCCACAAAUCCAAAGUUGCUGUGCCACAAGGUUUAUUCUCUGCAAAAAUUCUGUGUUUGGUUGCUCUUGCGUUGAUAUCGUUACUGGCACGCUGGGUGUGCUGCUGAAGGAUGCCUGUUUGUAUGCAGAGAAAGCACACGCAAGAUGUAUUACUGUGUUUAGCACUUAAAGAGAAAUGAAAACUGUGCAAAGAAUGAAUGCAAAUCAUGCGAUUAUCUUUAACUGUGGGUUUAUUGUUUUGUUUUUUUGUAGAAAUUUGGUUUGUCUUCAAUUAGAUAAAUAUAAACAACAAUGCAUCCUCUGUUCCUUUUCCUCCCCGAACUAACUGAAUCUGAGGGAGCUGCAGGUUUGCUCCACUAAUUAGAUUAAAAUAUUUUGGUGUUCCCUUUAAGCUGGUCUUUUCUUUCACAUGGCCGUUUGAGGAUUAUAUAACACAAGAAGAUUGAAAGACCCUUCAGUUGAAUCAUUUUAAACUGGUAAAAAGUAGGAAUUGAAAAAUGGUACAAAGUGAUCAUCUUGCAAAAGACUGCGAGAGACAGAUUAAGAAAAUAUUUGGUGUACUGGGAAAUAUUUGCUUUUUUGCCAAAAGUUACAUGGAGCUGAAAAAAAAAAUGUAUGAAGCCAUAGCCAUUAGCCAGUGAGCUUAGCUUUAUGUGAUGACUGGAAGCAGGAACAAAGGGCAUGGGUCUCUGUGUAGCCCACCAGUUUUUAAAUUCACUACAUGACGCAUUAUAUGUUGUUUUUGUUUAAUCCCCAUAAAAAGCAAAUGUAGUCCUCUAGUUCUCAUGCUAAGCUAACAAGCUUUUGACUGUACCUUCAUAUUCACUAAGACCAAACACCAGGGUGGUAUUGAUUUUUGUCUUGGAACUGGGCAAAGUAAGCUUACUCUCCCAGAUUUCCAACAAUUUCUUUAAUAUAUCAUUGGUGUGAUUCCAUAUUGAGCCCGUUCUUCUCAUCAUGUUAACAUGUUGACAUAUGGACCUGCUUAAGGUUGUCUUUCAUGUGACAAAAUUCCUGUAUCCCUGGACCACAGCACAAUGUUCGGUUGGUUCUGUCAUGUUUUAUUUAUUUAUUAUUAUUAUUAUUAUGGUAUUUAAGUGCCUUAACCUCAGCCUUAGCUCUGUCAUAAAGCAUCACAGGCUUUGCAAAGUUUCUGUGAGUGUGUUGAUGGCCUGGCUUUUUGUACAUUACUUAACCUCACUCCCAAUAAUAACCAUUACCCUUUGCAAUGUAUAACUUAGCACAUUAUAUAAUGUAUGCAAACACACUUAAGCUCAUUUACAGCAGCAUCCUCUCCCUCAGUGCACUUGGUGGACUUCCAUUUAUUAAUAGCCUCCAAUAAUAUUGUAUUUGUUUGAUAUUGUUGAGACUCGUGGUACAUCGUAUUGGUUCAAUAGCCGGCUGAAGAACCUUUGCUGGAAUGAGAACUAUCAUUUACAUCAAACCAUUAGGUAGGAUGGAUUUAUCUUUAAAUUUACCAGUCUGUACAUAUUUUUCUCUACAAUUUGCUAUUUGAGUAUAUUAGCUUGCAGACAUGGUCAAUAUUAAGAAAAAGUAUUGAAAAUGCUACUGUGUAUUGAUAAGUACUCAUUAAGUUCUCGUGUUUGUACCACAGCAAAAGAUUUUAAAUCAUCACUAAUUUAGGCAAAUGUUUUCAGGCUCUAUGGAAAAUGGUUGUGUUUGGAUUUAUUUAUUGCUUUAGUCCCAGGCAGCAGGCUUCAAAAUGACAAUCCCACUGAAGAGCCGAGCACUGAGGACAUUAAGAUAUGUUAUAAUGUAGGGAGGGGGUCCAGGUAUUUAUUCAGUGUAUUUAUAGAGCACAAGUCUGCCCCAAAGCAUGUGAGCUUGAGAUUGAGUGGAAGAUGUAAAUAAGUCAAACCUCCCUGGGAGUAAGAUUUUGUUAUUAUGUUUGAUGCUUUUUGUUAACUUUUGUGUACUGUACAUUGCCAAUGUUCAUGUGUAUGCACUUUUUUUACAUUUUGUUAAUAUGUU